AUGGAAGCAUUGCAAGCAGUUGUUGGCACUCAAAUCUCUGCACCGCAAUCAGCAGAGUCAAUUGAUCCUUAUGAAAGCUUUCUGGAACAUGCCAGAGAUCAUAGUUUCCAAAUAGAUCGCUCGUCAUUGUUGGCCCUGCAAGACAUAGAACACAAGUCCCAGGAAACAAAGAAUGCCAUUGAACAAACCAUACCGCCACUUCAGCAGUAUUUUGCUGGCUUGAAUGAAAGGUUCAAGAGCUUGACACGGGAUCUGAGUUUGAUCAGGGGUAAGUCACUAGAAUUAAAUGAACUAUUGCUGAGAAAUUCAAAGGAUCUAGCAGAGAUCUCUCCUCUUGUGAACGACCUUAUUAUUUCGCCUGAGGUUAUAUCACAAAUUACGCGGGGCAAGAUCAACGGCGCCUGGGUUGAGAAUCUCGCUUACAUUAAGGACAAACAAGAGAUAUACGCAAAGUACAAGGAAGAAGAGAGAGAAGUGCCGUCUGAUUUCGCGCAGCUCAAUGAGCUUCUGGAUAUUCUAGAAUUAUUGAUUCUGGAGCGGAGUAAGCGCUUCAUUGUCUCUAAAGUAAAACUUCUAAGAGACCAGCGCACUGUUCCGUCUCAAAGAAUUCAACGACAGCUUUUGGAGGUGAAAGAAAUUUUCCAAUUCCUGGUCAAAAAAAACUACUCUUUGGCUCUCGAGCUCAGGCAGGCAUAUGCGUACACCAUGCGAUGGUACUAUAAACAAUUUUUUGGGCGAUACAUCAGAUCUUUGACCAUUCUACAAUUCGUAUCCAUAGAUUCCAACUUUGCGCUGGGCCGCGGGCUCUCCUCAACUUCUGCCUCUGCCACUGAUAGACUUACUAAUUAUUUUUCGGGUGCCUAUAAAAACUCGCUGAUAGGUUCUGCUGUGUCAACCGAUCAAGCCAUAAAUGAAUAUUUUCAGAUAGAGAAAAGGCUAGCUGUAUUAACGCAGGAGGACAACACUGUGAUGGUUUCUCAAAUUGCUGAAAAUAAUAACGCCCCUAAUUUCCUUGAAGUGGGAUUUAAAAAUUUGAAUCUGGCUAUUCUCGACAAUUGCUGUGUAGAAUUCGCAUUCAUCACUGACUUCUUUCAGGUGAGCAACAAUGUGGAAGAUUUGCGAGGUAUUCUCGAGCAGAUUUUUCAACCAACCUUCGAUGAGGCUAUGGCGUACACUAAGCGGCUAAUCACGCCUACAUUUGAUAUGUUCGGAGUGCUCAUUAGUAUUUGGAUUUCGCAUCAUUUGCAAUUCGAAUCUCAGAGAAGAUUGGUGCCCGUGGUGGACGAGUUCUUGAAUGGUCAAUUGAUGCUACUGUGGCCCAAAUUCCAACAAUUGGUUGACUUCCAAUGUGACAGUCUGAGAAACUUUCCCAUAUCAGUCAGCGCCAAAAAACUGCAGGGCCGCAAGGAAGAGAGCGAUCCUUCAGCGAUGACUCAUGAACUCACAGUUCAGUUUGCCAAUUUUUUAAUCAGCAUCCUCAUGCUUUCCAUGACACACAAAGAAAACAUCGACGAACGGUCUGAGCCGCUCUACAACUCAAUUAUAAGGAUAAGAAACGAUUUUGAGACAGUCAUGACCAAGUGUAGCAAGAAGACGAAAUAUCCGGAAAGAUUCUUAGCCAUUAACUACACUUACUUGCUGAAUUCGUUACAACAAAGCUCGGUGAGUCAAGAAAGACGAGAACAAGAUGGCCAUAGCUCGGAGUCGAGGCCGUCGCUCAUAUUCCAAGAAACGAUGAAUCACCUGGGAGGUCUAGUCGAAGCCUUUAGUACAAUCACGUGA